AAUCACAGAAUGAAUAUCUGGAAUCUUGGGAUUGGAAUAAUUAUCUUAUUACAAAUUACAACUGGAAUUAUUGGAAAUUUCUCUCUUUUGUUGUACUAUCUAGUCCUUUACUGUAGAGAGCACACAUUAAAGCACACAGAUUUGAUUCUCAUGCACCUAAUGGCAGCCAAUGCCUUGAUCAUUCUCUCUGCAGGAGUGCCCCAAACCAUGGCAGUUUGGGGAUUCAAGCAUUUCUUGAAUGAUUUUGGAUGUGUGUUCUUAUUGUACAUUCAAGGAUUUGCUCGAAAUGUGUCUAUUGGUGCCACCUGUCUUUUGAGUGUCUUCCAGGCAAUGACCAUCAGUUCCAGGAAGUCUCGUUGCAAGGAUUGUAAAGUCAAAGCUACAAAGUACAUUAACUUCUCUGUUUCCCUACUCUGGUUCUUCCCCGUGUUGAUACGAUUCAUAUUCUUGAUGAACAUAUAUAUCAAAAUGAAUAUCAAAAACAUGACAAGAAAUCGAGAUUUUGGAUAUUGCUCUACUGUAGGGUGGGAUGAAAUCAUAGACUCACUCUAUACAGCAUUGGUAUUGUGCCCUGAAAUUUUUAUUGCUGUGCUCAUCACCUGGUCCAGCACCUCCAUGAUAGUCAUCCUUUACAGACACAAGCAGAGGGUUCAACACAUCCAUAACUCUCAUGGCUCCAGUAGAUCCUCCCCUGAGUCCAGAGCCACCCAGAACAUCCUGGUGCUGGUGUCUACCUUUCUGGCUUUCUAUACUCUCUCUACUGUCUUGCGAGGAUGCAUUGCUUAUUUGUAUAAUGACAAUUGGUGGCUUGUGCACAUCUCUCGCCUGACUUCUCUUUGUUUUCCAUGUUUUGGACCCUUUAUUCUUAUAAGACAUCACUCAUGUUUGUCCAUAUUUAAUUUGGUAUGGUUACAAAAAACAUUUUUCCCUGAUUCGGUUAUAACUAUGCGAAAUAAAAGACUUUUUAAAUAA